AUGUCUCUGUACAGCACUCUGCCAACCAGGGAGAGGAAGCUCCAGGCGGCAGCCAUCUGCCGAGAAGUCCACGGCGUCAACGGUGAUACCAUGGACCUAGGGAAGAAGCUGUGUACUCCUAAAGACAUCAUGCUGGAGGAGCUGUCUCUCCUGUCCAACCGCGGCUCACGCCUCUUCAAAAUGAGACAGAGACGCUCGGAGAAAUACACCUUCGAAAGCAUCCAGAACGAGGCCAACUCACUGCUCAAUUCUGAAACGUUUGCUGUGGACAAUGAAAACACUGAGACAAAAGAAGGAGAUUCGUCAAAAACACCUCCGAACACCCCUGACCCCAGACAUGCCCCAAACCCAGAGCAGAUCGCUCCAGGCUACGGAGGUCCACUGAAAGAUCUUCCUCCUGAGAAAUUCAACACUACAGCAGUGCCCAAAUCAUAUCACUCCCCCUGGGAAGAAGCCAUCAUUAACGACCCCACCCUGGCCGAAACCCUCAAAGUCCAAAUGCCUGUACCUGAACCCAGAGCAGACCUACCUGACUACAAGAGCUUUAACAGAGUAGCCACCCCUUAUGGAGGGUUUGAUAAAGCUCCCCGGGGCAUCUCCUUCAAACUGCCCGAAAUCGACCUGAACCCGCAGCGAUACCCAGAACUCCAGGACCCAGGGAUCAAGCGCCCCACCUUCAACCGUAUCGCCCAGGGCUGGAUCUCUGACGGCACCCCUAUCAUCCUACCCACAAUCCCGCUGGAGCCCAUAGAGAUCCCUGAGUCCGACGACCUGUGA